UGGAAGCCUUCGUGCAAAACGAACGGCGCAAAGUGGGCCUACGAUGGCAUCUGCCCUGACUCGGAGGUCUUCGGGCAUCUUUUCAAGCUCGGCGGCCCACCCAAUUGGAAGAUGAAGAAAUUCUCCAAGGACGGGUUUACCCAGAUCUUUGGAAGUGUCACGGCAUCGGCCAGGUAUGUCCUGACCUCCGCUAUGCAUCUCUGUGGUUAUUGA